AUGGUGGCCAAGAAGAAGACAAACAAGUCCCUAGAGGCCAUAAACCACAGGCUGCAGCUGGUUACGAAAAGUGGUAACUAUGUGCUGGGUUGCAAACAGCCUCUGCAAAAGAUCAGGCAGGGCAAAGCCAACUGUCUUGCUUUGAGGGAGUCAGGGAUUGAGUUGCUGGCCAUAGCCAGCAUCCAACACUACAGCAGCAACAACCUCCAGCUGGGCACAGCCUGGGGCAAGGUCUACAGGGUCUGCACACUGGCUGUCAUUGGCCCAGGUGACUCUGACAUCAUCAGAAGCCUGCCAGAACAAACAAGGGAGAAGUUCUCCUAG